GGGAUCUCUUUUCAACGAAUUUAUUAUCAAGCUAGUAUUAUAAUUUUUUGGUUAGCGUUUCUUUAGCGAGUUAGUUUUCUACGAGAUGGGGUCGCUAACCCUAUGCCCAACACCCCUCCUUUAUCCGGGAUUGGGACCGGCAGUAACCCUUGGAGGGACUUCAGGCGAAGUUAUAAUUUUUCUGGGCAACAUCAUUGAUGAACACGGUGGAUCUGAUGCGGAUGUGAAAGCGCGGAUUGGAAAAGCAAGAGCAGCACAUUUACAACUGAAAAACAUCUGGAACUCUAAACAACUGUCAACCAACACCAAAAUAAGAAUUUUCAAUACAAAUGUCAACACAGUUCUAUUGUAUGGGGCGGAAACCUCGAGAACUACGAAAGCCAUCAUUCAGAAGAUAUAAGUGUUUAUUAACAGUUGUCUACACAAAAUACUUCGCAUCCGUUGGUCAGACACUAUCAGAAACAACCUAUUGUAGGAGAGAACAAAUCAGAUCCCAGUGGAGGAGGAAAUCAAGGAGAAGCACUGGAAGUGGAUAGGAUACACAUUGAGGAAAGCAGUGAACUGCAUCACAAGAUAAGCCCUCAUAUGGAAUUCUCAAGAUCAAAAGAACACAUUACGCCGGGAAAUGGAGACAGACAUGAGAAGAAUAAACAAAAAUGGGAUAGAACUGGAAAGGAAGGCAGAGUGGGAGAGAGUGUGUUGGAGAAUGCUGGUCGGCGGCCUAUGCUCCAUUAGGAGUAACAGGAUAUAUCAGUUCAUUACGGAUUAGUAUAAAACAAUAGAAAAUGUGUACUGUUGUAUUGAGGCUAACAUUAUUAUUGAUAAAUUCCUUAGUUGGACUAUCAGCAUUAAUAGUUUCAUCGUUUGGUGCAAUUUUAACUUGGGGCAGAGAUACUAUAACAAGAGAAUUGGAUGAUGUAAUUGGUCCAAUGAUUAAGAAAAUGUAUGGUGAUGAAGUAGCGCAAGAUUUCACAGAUAUGGCAUCUGGUAUCUUACAAUUAACAAGUCCAUUCGGUUUCAUUUUAUUCAUAUUAGGAUUAGUUUCCUUGGCUAUUUGUUUAUUCGGUUUCUGUGGAGCAUGUUGUAAGAGUAUUCUUUGCCUUAGAGUGUACAUUGGGUUACUUUUGGUACUGGUCAUUAUUGAGACUACUGCAAUGAGUUUUUAUUACACCGAUCGUGAAUCAAUAUUCAAGUUAGCUAGAAAAAUUGCUCAUAACUCUCUGAGAAAUUAUCAUUCAAUUGGUUCUAAUAAUACUGAUAGUAUAAUAUAUUCAGUUAUUAUGCCAACUCUAAAUUGUUGUGGAUUAUUGAAUGGAUCUGAUUUUGAUGAUUCACCUAAUUUUCAAAGAAAAGUACUUUUUAAUGAACAAAAUUUCGAUUUGAAAUAUCCUAUUCCCUGUUGUAAAAUGGAUGCUAAAUUUGUCGUUCUCGAUCCGACAUGUCCGGGAGAAUUUAACAUUAAGAAUUCAAAUAUUCAUGAAGGUUGUUGGGUGAAACUACGACAGAUAAUUGGCUUCUAUGGUGGAAUGAUUGUGAUUUGUGGAUUAGUUGUAAUUUUAUUCCAACUUCUAUUGAUUAUCGGAACAACAGUGAUACUAACCACUGGAUAUCCUUAAAAGAGUCAAGGAAGUAUCGAUCAUUACAUUAUUCAAACAUGUAACGAGAAAAAGAAGAGUGUACUUGUAUAAUUCAACUAUUGACAGUAUUUGUUACUUUCUUAAGAAAAAAAGGGUAAAUAUUUCCGAAAUUUUAGACCAUCAUGAAAAGCAAUAGUUUCAGCUGACUUCUUUAUUGAUUGCCUAAAAAAACCCAUUUCAAUUCAAUUUACAGUCUUUAAAUGUUAUUUUAUCUUAAAAGAAGAUGUCUGUCAAGUAAAUGCUUGCCAAAAUAAACAACAUUCCUUAUAAUUAAACAAUUACAAAACACAAUAAUCUCCAGUAUGAUUUGAA